GGGGCACACUGCAAAAUAUAUUUGUAUAUAUUCAUGGGUGCACUUACCUUUUCUAUUCCUCGUUUCUCUAUCUUCAUUUCCCAAAUUAUGGACCAGAAACCCAACUCAGAGGAGACAGAGAGUAUCUGAUUAGUCUUCAAUCUGCUUUGGUUGGUAGUUGACGUUAAUUAAUAUCUGAAGGACAAGAAAACUAAAAAAUGGAACUUAGAGAAGGGCUAUGUGCAGGCCAGUGGCCGAAUUCUUCCUCAAUAAAGCUUUCGAAGGAUCGUGCAUCUUACUCUGAAUUCAAUUCACAGCUAGGCCAACAGAAGUGGGCAAAUUCUUCAAUUUUAGAUUACGGCGUCACAAUUGAACCAUCUUUCAGAGGAUUUGACCAGUCUUCUGAAGCUCAAGCUACAAUUCCUCUUGACCUUAGUAAUAAAGCUAAAGUCUUGGGUCCUGAAGAUGUUCAUAUGCACGAUACACAGGAAGCCAAUAAAAUCCCUGAUUGGGAUCCAAGUGCAAUGCUGAACAAUCUCUCUUUCCUGGAACAAAAAAUCCACCAACUCCAGAAUUUAGUGCAGUUAAUUGCAGGUGGGGGAGGCCAAGUUCUGGGUAGACCGGCCGAGGUUGUUGCACAGCAGCAGCAACUCAUAACUGCUGAUCUUACUUCAAUUAUUGCUCAGCUGAUCUCUACUGCUGGUAACCUUCUACCAUCUGUGCAUAACACCUUUCCAACUGAUGUGCCGUCUAUGGGACAGCUUGGGCAGCCUGGUGAGGUCAACCUUACUCCCGGGCUAGGUAUGAGUGCUGGUGUUCAGCCACAAAACAAUGGCAGAAGCAAAAUCUCUGAAGAGUCCAAUCAAAUAGAUAAGAAUGCUAAUCAUGGGAUUGAGCAUAACAACCACUUGGAUGAACAUGAUUUUAAAGAUGAGGAGGAUGCUGAUGAAGGUGAGAACCUUCCACCUGGUACCUACGAGAUCUUACAAUUAGAGAAAGAAGAAAUCCUGGCACCUCAUACGCACUUCUGUGCCAUUUGCGGAAAGGGAUUCAAGAGGGAUGCGAAUUUGAGAAUGCACAUGAGAGGCCAUGGUGAUGAAUAUAAAACCCCAGCAGCGCUUGCUAAGCCACACAAAGAAUUGGAGUCUGAACCUGUGGUUAUCAAGAGGUAUUCCUGCCCCUAUGCUGGCUGCAAGAGGAACAAAGAUCACAAGAAGUUCCAGCCUCUGAAGACUAUUCUCUGUGUUAAAAAUCACUACAAGAGAACCCAUUGUGACAAGAGUUAUACUUGCAGCAGGUGCAACAUAAAGAAAUUUUCAGUAAUAGCAGAUCUCAAAACUCAUGAAAAGCAUUGUGGCAAGGACAAAUGGCUUUGCUCUUGUGGCACAACCUUCUCAAGGAAAGACAAGCUUUUUGGGCACAUUGCGCUGUUCCAAGGUCAUACUCCAGCCAUACCAAUUGAUGAAACAAGAGGAAAUGGUGGUGGCCCAGCCGAUCAUUCAACUGGAAUUGAAGUAACAAACAAGGGUUCUGUAAAUUCUGUAACGUUCAAUUUUGGCCCCAGUACACCUGGUGAAACUAUGGUUCACAACAUAAUGGAUGAGAAAGGAAACCUUGACGACCCUACUGCGUGUUUCUCACCACUGAACUUCGAGACAUGUAACUUUGGUGGGUUUCAUGAGUUCCCUCGACCCCCGUUUGAAGAUUCGGAGAGCUCUUUCUCUUUUCUUUUGUCAGGGUCAUGUAGUUACCCUCCAAAGAUCGGAGGGGAGUCCGGUUCUAAUCAUAAUCUUUAGUAAUAUUUAUGGGUUUAUUUUUAGCACACGGGGCACAAAAUUCCUAGUUUCUGUUACCAUAAAAGGUGAGGUGACCCCACCCCUGUAAUUUGUUGAAGUUAAAUAAAUUAUUCUACUUUCUUUUAAA